AUGCCCUUCGUAUCCCUUGGGUUGGUCUCUCUCCAUUGAAUUCUGAGAACAACCUUGGAAGCUGAGUUGGAAAACCUUGUCCUGUUGGUGAAACUGAAACCCUCCCCUCCAUUUCUCUCUUGUUUCGGCAGCCACCAAUCGAUCCGUUGCAACUCAUUUCUUCGAAUCUUUUUUCAAUCUAGUUUGGCUCGACACCCCACUCUUGCAAUCUCCUGAGUAGAGAUCGAAGCCAGGAGAUCUUGCUUUUUUUUUUUCAGUUGUGUUGUUGUUGUGCAAAAUUUUUCUUUUUCGUUUUUUUUUUCCAUGGUCCUCCAAGGAAGGAGUGCACGAGCAUAGAUUGUAAGCAGGGGAGAUAAGUAGAAUGAUGGGUGCAAAUGCCCAGGAGUCGGAUUACCCAGAAUUUGUGGAGGUCGAUCCUACUGGAAGAUAUGGCAGGUACAAUGCGAUCCUUGGCAAGGGAGCUUCAAAGACAGUUUACAGGGCUUUUGAUGAAUAUGAAGGGAUUGAGGUGGCCUGGAACCAGGUGAAGCUAUGCGACUUCCUCCAGAGCCCUGAGGACCUGGAGAGGCUCUACUGUGAGAUCCACCUCCUCAAGACCCUCAAGCACAGGAACAUCAUGAAGUUCUACACCUCCUGGGUCGACACCUCCAAGAGGAACAUCAAUUUUGUCACCGAGAUGUUCACCUCCGGCACUCUCAGGCAGUACAGGCAGAAGCACAGGAGGGUUAACCUCAGGGCGGUGAAGCAUUGGUGCAGGCAGAUCCUGAGGGGCCUCCUCUACCUCCACGGCCAUGACCCUCCCAUCAUCCACAGGGACCUCAAGUGCGACAACAUCUUCAUCAACGGGAACCAGGGAGAGGUCAAGAUCGGCGACCUCGGCCUCGCCGCCAUCCUCCGGAAAUCCCACGCCGUCCAUUGCGUAGGUGAGUGCCCCACGGUAGCCCUACUUAUGUCAUCAAUUUCGCGUUUCAGAAAUAAGGCGGUGUUUCCAUCGUCGACAGGCACGCCGGAAUUCAUGGCACCGGAGGUGUAUGAGGAGGAGUACAAUGAAUUGGUGGACAUAUACUCUUUUGGGAUGUGCGUCUUGGAAAUGGUCACCUUCGAAUACCCCUACAGCGAAUGCACGCAUCCGGCGCAGAUCUACAAGAAAGUUAUCUCUGGGACCAAGCCUGAAGCUUUGUACAGAGUGGAGGAUCCUGAGGUGAGGCAAUUUGUCGAAAAAUGCUUGGCCACAGCUUCCCGAAGGCUUCCUGCGAGAGAGCUUCUGAAGGACCCAUUUCUCCAAAUCGAUGAUCACGGUACGGUCUAUAGAGAGGCAGAAUUGAGCGUUAUGGGCAAGCAACCUUCUCUUGAUCUUCUUCCAAGUAAUGGCUCUUUGUACGCUAAUGGAUUCUCCGAUAGCUUCGAUCAAGAGAGACGAAUGGAAAAUGGAUGGGACUACCCUGCUGCCGACAUCGAAACCCAUGGAAUGGACCUUUUCAAUGGCCAAGAAGAUGAUCCAGUCGCUAAUGUGGAUAUCACGAUCAAGGGAAGGAAGAGAGGAGAUGGGGGCAUUUUUCUGAGGCUCAGGAUUGCAGAUAAAGACGAUCAUGUGCGUAACAUAUACUUCCCGUUCGACAUCGAAGCUGAUACUGCAUUGAGUGUUGCGGCGGAGAUGGUCGCCGAGUUAGAUAUAACUGAUUAUGAAGUGACUAGAAUAGCAGAAAUGAUCGAUGGAGAGGUGGCAUCGCUGGUACCGGAAUGGAAGACAGGACCAUGGAUAGAGGAGCUGCCAGGAGUUCCUACUACAAUUUUCUGCCAGAAUUGUGCAUCCAAUGAUUCAUCAUGUGGUUCGCUCCUAGACUACCUUUCACUUAAGUCUCCAGGCUGUGUUAAUGUGCAAUCAAUUCAUUGUUCCAACCUUGAGUGUGCUGCAAUGCAUGGGCGGUUCGAAGAGAUAACAUAUCAAGUUGAGGGAUCUGAGCACGAUGCGACCGAGGGGCCACAGGUGCUAUCUACCAGCCAAUCAAAUGGGCCCGACUGUUGCUCACAAGCUACGAAGGAGAAUUACUCGGAUGAUGAAGGCGAGCGAUCAGCCAAGGAUGUGAGAAAUAAACACAUGAAUGGCCAUCUGCAUAGCGACACUAGAAAAUCAUUGGGUCAUUGGUACUCUGGUUCUAACCAACAGUGUUGCCUGGAGGUGCCAGAAUUAAGAUGCGACUUUCCAACUGAUAAAUCCAAUGACUCUGAAAAUGAGAUCCGUCAAGAAUCGAGAUGGCACAAGGCAAGGUACCGGACAGAGUUAAGAGAGCACAAGAUUCGGCAUCCAUCGCCCGACUUUGGCAACAGGAAGAUGAGAGUGGAGAAUGGCACUGCAGGUUCCUUGGUUAAGCCUCCGCAAACUUCUGAUGACAAGCCAAUGAAGUCCUUCCAUUUGGGAACGCAUUUUUCAUUUCGCAUCCCUCAUGGCGACGCAGACCGGAUCCUCACAAAUGUGAGUUCUCUGGCUGAUACUAAUGCAGGGUAUUGCUGGAGUAGCCGCCCCGAUUUGGGAUCCCAAAGGGCCCGACAUUGUGAGGCGAAUGCUGAGAGCAGCCCUGAGGGGUUCACAGCAAAGAAUUUCUAUGCUGAGGCUCUUCCGCCAAAGUCUCUUUCCAGGACCAAGUCUCUCCCAGUUGAUGCGGUGGAUGUUUGAUAUCUGUUUAAGGCAUUCUCAAAUAAUUCCAUCAACACUCACCUCGACUGUAUAUUGCUUUUGGCCGAUAAUUUUUAUCAGACUAUAUAGCUCUUCAGCCUCACUGUAUUGGGGGUGGUAGAGUGGAUGGAAAUGUGAUGGGUGACUCCAUUCACUCAUGAGCACCAUGUAAUGUUCUUUUACUUGCUAGAAUUGAGGAGAUCAUUUUAGGCAGACUCGGUAUGAUGUAUUCUAUGCGGUGUAACUUGAUGAAGAUUUGCAUGAGGAAUGAGAGACAUUUCAUUUCAUUUA